UUGAACGACGCGGACCGGUGCGCGCCGCGUGCUCAGCUUAAUAUUUAACUUUUUGUUAAUUUGAUUGUUGAUCGUUUAGUGAAAAAGCUUGAAUAGCAAAUGACGCAAUGGAAGCCGUUCAAUUUGGAGUACUAACUAUUAGCGACACUUGCCACCAGGAUCCCUCUAACGAUCGUAGUGGCCCCAAGCUCAUUGAUUUGAUUCGUGAUUCCUUCACCAAUGUGAAGGUGACCUACAGCAUUGCUCCCGACGAGCAGCUGGAUAUCGAGGAGAUUCUGUGCCGCUGGAUCGGCUGUAAUUUCAAUGUGAUAUUAACUACGGGUGGAACUGGCUUCGGGCCGAGGGAUAUCACUCCCGAGGCUACUAAGCCCGUGAUUGACCGGGAAUGUCCCCAUUUGGCCGCUCUCAUUGCCCAAGAGUCGGUGAAGAAGACCAAGCUUGCAGCCCUUUCGCGUGGAAUUUGCGGCAUUGCCAGCAACUCGUUGAUCAUUAACUUGCCGGGAAGCGAGAAGGCCGUAACUGAGUGCUUUGAGAUUGUGCGUGACUUGCUGCCCCACGCCAUCCAUUUGAUUACCAACGACUUGGAGCUGGUAAAGCGCUGUCAUGACGAAAUACAGAACGUCGGCCCAGUAUCCCAGCCCUCAGCCAGGGGACACGUUUGUCCCCAUCAGACCGGCAACGGCACCGAUGCCGAUCGUAAUUCCCCCUUCCCCAUGCUCCCCGUGGAAGAUGUUCUCGGGCUGAUCUUUAAGAACAUCAAUCGAUUCGUAAAUCUCAAGAAGCUACUGUGGGAUAUGACCUCUCCCGUGAAUAUUCCGCCGUUCCGGGCAUCCAUUAAAGAUGGCUACGCCAUGAAGUCGACCGGCUUCUCGGGAACCAAGCGUGUUCUCGGCUGUAUUGCCGCCGGUGACGCUCCGAAUGUAAGACCGAUAGCAGAGGAUGAAUGCUUCAAGAUAAAUACUGGGGCUCCAUUGCCGAUGGACGCUGAUUGUGUGGUGCAGGUGGAGGAUACCCAGCUGCUGGAAAGGGAUCAGUUUGGAAACGAAAAACUGGUCUAUAUUAAGGUAGAGCCGACUGCCGGCUUGGAUGUUCGUCCCAUUGGACAUGAUCUCAGUACCAAUAGCUUAAUCUUUCCGGCUGCCGAUCCAUCACCGGUGGUCGUCAAGUCUCUAUUAGCUUCUGUGGGUAAUCCUACUGCUAUUCGCAAGCCCAAGAUCGCUAUAGUCUCUACGGGCAGUGAGCUGCUUGCUCCAAACGAGACGCCAGUGAUGGGCAAGAUCUAUGAUUCGAAUACCACUAUGUUGGAGGAGCUUCUCCAAUACUUUGGUUUCGAGUGCAUGAAAACAGCUGUGCUGAAUGAUAACUUUCAGGAAACCAAAGAGACUCUGUCCAAUCUCUUCAAUGUUAUGGACUUUGUGAUUUGCAGCGGAGGUGUCUCCAUGGGCGACAAGGAUUUUGUUAAGCCCGUUUUGGAGACUCUUAAUUUUGAGAUUCACUGCGGACGAGUUAAUAUGAAACCAGGGAAACCCUUGACCUUUGCCAGCCGCAAUGGCAAGUACUUCUUUGGUCUUCCGGGCAAUCCUGUCUCGACCUUUGUGACAUUCCAUUUGUUUGCUUUGCCCGCCAUCCGCUGGGCCGGUGGCUGGGAGUUCACCAAGUGCUGUCUACCAAAAAUCAAAGUCGAGUUACUCCAUGAUCUUGAGCUGGAUGCUCGUCCGGAGUAUGUGCGCGCCUCGGUGAUCUCCAAGCAGGGUGUUCUAUGCGCUACCGUCAAUGGUGAUCAGAUCAGCAGCCGCUUGCAGAGCAUUGUGGGUGCCGAUGUGCUGAUUAAUCUGCCGGGAGCCACUGAGACACGUACCAAGGCCCGUGCCGGGGAAAUGUAUGCUGCCUCUGUCUUGCGUUAUGACUUUAUUUCGAAAUAUGAGUAGUUCUAAGACGUGAAUGAUUAACAUUCGAAAUAUAGACAUUAAGAACUUUACCUGAUCUAAUAUGUUGUACAACACAUAUCAUACAUAUAUAUCACAAUCCACCCAUAGAGAAUAA